AUGGUUCGUUUUUAUAUUCAAAAUGCAUGCCGCGUUUUGCUCAUGAUAGUUCUGUGUUCUGUCACCAAUGCAGCUCAAGUGCGCCGAUACUCGUUUGGCCACGUUAAUAGAAAUGAAUCGAUCGAGUCCGGUAAUCGUCCACCCGAACGCGCAUUCUUGGCCAACCGUGUGGAAAAUCAAAAAAAGGUCCCUUCGUCAGAUUACCAGAGCCAAAAUAUUCCCGUAACUCGAUCCGGCCAUUCCGUCAUGAACGCUCAGACCCAGAAAGACUAUACUUCGCGAUCGUAUAGCAUUUAUGACAAUGUAGGUUUGGACGAGUAUGAGAAUCACCGAGAAACAAAUGAACAGAACACUAGCCAGCAGGCUGUUCCAGAGGACAACAAUGCCGACGUGAAUGAGACGGUGAAAUUACUUCAUGAGGAUUCCGCGGAUGUCUUGCAGAAAGAUGAUUCCGGAUCGAUACGUCAGAUCGAGACCUCCGACGCCAGGGAGACAAAAUGUCCUGUGGAAACAGAGCCUUAA